GUCUAUUCUCGCUCUUCUCAACAAGUCGUGGGAGCUGAAGACGCUUUAAAUUCAAUUCAAUCAAAUCGUGAACUGCGACUAACUCCCAAGUGAAAUUCACUCAAAUUGUAAAUUGUGCCAAAAAGUAUAUUGUAAAAGCAAAUACUCAAUAUAUAAAAUUAAUGAAUAAAACAACUAAAUCAAAUACAACAAAUGCGACGUCAAAUCAAAUUCGGUAUUAAUUAAAGUGCAACAAGAAGUGUGACUACCCCUAUUUACAGAGUGUAGACUAUUCCCAGUAGGAAUCCAGCACGUUAUUUGUUGGUCUCAGCUGUGCAUAUAAUUUGCGACGCAACUGUAAACACAAAAAGCCGUCAAACUGUGGGGCUCCGGGGCAUUUUUUCUUCCUCCGCAAGGAAUGUAUUAUCCGCACAUGGUGCAGGCUGGCGUGGCGCCUUUUCCAGGCGCACCAGCUGGCUAUGCCGCCGCGCCCGGACCGGCCGCUGCAGCCGCUGCUGGUGCGCCCACAGCGGCCGAGAGCUUGUCGCUGGCCGUGACAGCAGCCGCAAUCAAAACUGAGCCUGGAAUGCAGCUAAAAGCAACCGCCGAGUCUGCAGCAGCGGGCAAUGGCAGCACAGGAGCCACCGGUGCAACACCAGCUUCUGUAGCAGUGUCCACCAGUGUUGCCGAUGGUGUAGCCGUCAAUGCGCCGUUGUAUAUUCAACAAAAGACAAAUCUGUCAACACAACAACAAACACAACAGACACAGUACAAUGGCAGCAUCAGCAAUGGAACCGCAGCCCCAGUACCAGCAACUGGCACGGGAACAACUGCCACGACGCUGGUCACGCAACAACAGCAGCCACCCGCACCUCUGACAAAUGGACACGCCAUGGAGCAACUGCAGCAGCAACAGCAGCAGCAGCAGCUACCGCAUACCCCACAGAAUGUGCUCAGCAUUUCCACAGUAUUGAUUGCCAGUGAGGCAGCGGAGGCACAGCAGAACUCUGCGUUGCCACAUGCUGGUGGUGGCGGUGGUGGUACCGGAGGUGGCGGCGGCGGCGGUGGCAUGCCCAGCUCACCGCUCAGUAGCUCACCGUCCAGCGUUACAGUCGCCUCGACAGCAGCCACACUCAAUGGCAACAGCAACAGCAAUAGCAUCCCCAACGAUGGCAACGUAUCAGGCAACACAUCACCCAUUGCUAGCGGCGAGCCGUUGCUGCAAACGCCACCAGCAGUACAGCAACAACAGCAACAACAGCAACAACAACAACAGCAGCAACAACAGCAGCAACAACAACUGCAACAACAACAGCAACAACAACAACAGCUCAUUUUAAGCAGCAGUCCCACAGCAGCAACUUCAGUGACCGCCAGCUCCAUAGCCUCGGGCACCUUGGCCGCAACGAGCAGCAGCAUGUCCACAGGACUACUGCCCACCGCCGGACUGGAUAGUAAUGCCAAUUGUGGUGUGCCCGCAAGCACUUCUCAGGUGAUUGCGCAUCUAAACGCAGUCAGUGGCAUUAUGACAGCGACCGUGCAGUCACCCAAUGUGGUCACUAGUCUAAGCAGCGCUCUAGUCCCGGCACAGUCGGUCUCCUCAUCGGUGGCUGCCGCCGUAGCCGCCGCUGCCUCGUUGGAUGCCAAAAGUCAACCGAAACGCUUACACGUCUCCAAUAUACCGUUUCGCUUCCGGGAUCCCGAUCUGCGUGCCAUGUUUGGGCAAUUUGGCAACAUUUUGGACGUGGAAAUCAUCUUCAAUGAACGUGGCAGCAAGGGAUUCGGUUUUGUAACAUUCGCUAACAGCAACGAUGCAGAACGAGCACGCGAACGUCUACACGGCACCGUGGUUGAGGGACGCAAAAUCGAGGUGAAUAACGCCACUGCACGUGUACAAACCAAAAAAGUGACAGCAGUACCCAACGUUGUACUGACCAAAGACGGUGCCCUACCGGCUCCAGCUCUAGUUUGCGUUCAAUGGCCUGAAGCCGCCGUAGCCGCCGCCGCUGCCAUGCGUGGAGUUGCCAUACAACGUGGACACGUGGGCGUGGUCGGUGCCACACCCUUCCAUCAUCCCCAUCAUCCGCACCAUCAUCAGGCGCUGGUUGCCGCCGCCCAGCAGCAACAGCAACGUCAAGUGGCCGCCGCUGCCGUGGCCGCAGCAGCCGCCCAACAGCAGCAGCAUCAGCAACAACAGCAACAGCAGCAUCAGCAGCAGCAGCAACAACAACAGCAACAACAACAACAGCAGCAACAACAGCAACAACAUGCGGCAGUAGCCGCUGCCGCCGCUGCCCAGCACUCACAACACGCCGCUGCCGCCGCCGCCGCCGCCGCUCACGCACAUCCGCAUGCACAUGCGCAUGCUCUCGCCCCCCAGCUAACCCAGCUGCAGCCGACGCUCCAGGCGGUCGCCGUGCCCACUGCCGCUGGUAGUGCUGCGGCUGCUGCCGCUCAGCAACACUCGGCGCUGCAGCAAUCGCUGGCAGCUGCCGCAGCUGCACAAAAUUCGGGCGUGGCAGGCAAUGCGAACGCUGCUGCCGCCGCUGCGUAUGCGGCACGGCUCUCCGCUGCCACGGCUUCCCAAACGCCGGCCGCUGCUGCUGCGGCUGCUGCUUCCAUGGCAGCGUCGGCUAAUGCGGCCAACAGCGCUUUGCAUGGAUUUGCGCCCGUAUACUAUGAUCCCUUCUUAGCAGCCGCUGCUUCCGCUGAUCCAAAUCUACGCUUCCAGGCAGCCAAACCGGUCACUGAAGUUCCAGCCGCACAGCCAGCCGCCAUAUUAAAUCGCCGCACUGUGACUACGCUAAACAGUACCCCACAUACGAUCAACCGCAUUCCGGUACCACAGAAUGUUUUGGCCACUGCUCCGCUGUUAAAGACACCCCUGUCUCAGGCCCAGCAGCAGGCGUACGCCACGGCGGCCACCACCUACACGGCGGUCGCUGCCCGGGCCGCCUAUGGCGCCGCUGCAGCAGCAGCCGCCCAACCAGCACUCGCUGGCUAUGCCACCGUAGCGGGUUACGCGCGCGAGUAUGCGGAUCCUUAUCUAGGACAUGGAAUUGGACCCGUGCCAGGCUAUGGGGCAACCCUGUAUCGCGGUGGCUUCAAUCGUUUUACGCCAUAUUAGAAAGCUUCAUAAGUCAGCCAAAUAACGCACUUGAACUACUCUCGAAAAUGCUCAAUGUAUGAACAAAAAUUAGACGUAAAUACUCCUCCUCUACAGUGCAGUAAGUAGAAGUUAAAUCUAACGCAAAAACAGAUGCUCAAAGAUGAUCGAAAAACAAAAAACAAAAACAAAAGAAACCCCACUCAAAAUAUGGAGAGAUGAAAAUCAAAGCUAAAAGCAGCUACAAACCUGUGGCAAAUUAAGCAAAAUAAAAUUAAAAAAAAAAAAAAAACACUUAAAUUUUUUAAACAA